GGCGGCGGCGACGGCGGCGGGAGCUGGCGGCACGGAGAUCCGGACGGAGGCCGAAGCCGGGGCUGGGUGCCGGGAGCUUAGGAGAGGUGUGCAGCUUUCGAUUGAAACCCCGGACCCCGCUGCCCUUCGGUGCCGCCAGCCUCCUGCUCCUCUCCGGCACCAGCAGCUACUCGGCGACCCCCGUCCGGCCGCCUCCCCUUCGCUCCGCGUCGCCCGCAGCCUUCCGUCUGCCCGCAAACGAGCCCGGCCGGCCGGGCCGUGGCCCUCCUCAGUGCCGGCAGCCAUGGCAGGGGCGCUCGGCGCGGGGGAAAUCUAGUCCGAGGAUUUCAUGCGGCCUAGCUCGGUUCCGUCUCCUGCGCCCGCGGUCCCGGCAGCUGCCGGCAACCCAGCCCCGCUUCGGGCCUCCGUGUCUCUCCUGUGAUCGUACUGACACGGCCGGGGGGUUAGAAUGGAACAAACUGAAGGCUCGGUGAGAGAAAGGGAAAGUUAAGGAUGCUGGAGCAGAACAAUGGAUUUCUCCUUCUCUUUCAUGCAAGGGAUCAUGGGAAACACAAUUCAGCAACCACCUCAACUCAUUGACUCCGCCAACAUCCGCCAGGAGGAUGCCUUUGAUAACAACAGUGACAUUGUUGAAGAUGGUGGCCAGACACCCUUUGAAGCUACUUUGCAACAAGGUUUUCAGUAUCCACCCACAACAGAAGACCUUCCUCCACUCACAAAUGGCUACCCACCAUCGAUCAGCUUGUAUGAAACUCAAACCAAAUACCCGCCAUAUAAUCAGUAUCCCAAUGGGUCAGCCAACGGUUUUGGUGCAGUUAGAAACUUUAGCCCCACUGACUAUUACCAUUCAGAAAUUCCAAACACAAGACCACAUGAAAUCCUGGAAAAACCUUCUCCACAGCCACCACCUCCUCCUUCGGUACCACAAACUGUAAUUCCAAAGAAGACGGGCUCACCUGAGAUUAAACUAAAAAUAACCAAAACUAUCCAGAAUGGCAGGGAAUUGUUUGAGUCCUCCCUUUGUGGAGACCUUUUAAAUGAAGUCCAGGCAAGUGGGCACAUGAAAUCAAAGCAUGAAAGCAGAAAGGAAAAAAGGAAAAAAAGCAACAAGCACGAGGCAUCCAGGUCUGAAGAGCGCAAGUCACACAAAAUCCCCAAAUUAGAAUCAGAGGGACAAAAUAGACCAAACGAGAGGGUGGACACUGCACCGGAAAAACCAAGAGAAGAGCCAGUGCUCAGAGAGGCCGUCCCGGUUCAGCCAAUACUGUCUUCUGUUCCAACAACAGAAGCAUCCACUGGUGUUAAGUUCCAGGUUGGUGAUCUUGUUUGGUCCAAGGUGGGAACCUAUCCUUGGUGGCCUUGUAUGGUUUCAAGUGACCCCCAGCUUGAGGUCCAUACCAAAAUUAACACAAGAGGUGCCCGGGAAUAUCAUGUCCAAUUUUUUAGCAACCAGCCAGAAAGGGCAUGGGUUCAUGAGAAACGGGUACGGGAGUAUAAAGGUCAUGAACAGUAUGAAGAGUUACUAGCUGAGGCAACCAAACAAGCCAGCAAUCACUCUGAAAAGCAAAAGAUUCGGAAGCCCCGGCCUCAGAGAGAACGUGCCCAGUGGGACAUUGGCAUCGCUCAUGCAGAGAAAGCAUUGAAAAUGACUAGAGAAGAAAGAGUAGAGCAGUACACUUUCAUCUAUAUUGACAAGCAGCCAGAAGAGGCUUCAUCCCAAGCAAAGAAGAAUGUUACCUCCAAGACCGAAGUUAAGAAACCCCGAAGACCAAGAUCUGUGCUGAACAGUCAGACAGAACAGACCAAUGCUGGGGAGGUGGCCUCCUCACAAUCAAGUACUGACCUUCGAAGACAAAGCCAGAGGCGGCACACAAGUGUGGACGAGGAAGAGCCACCUCCUGUUAAAAUAGCCUGGAAAACAGCAGCCGCAAGGAAAUCCUUACCAGCUUCCAUCACAAUGCACAAAGGGGGCCUAGAUUUGCAGAAGUGUAACAUGUCUCCAGUUGUGAAAAUUGAACAAGUGUUUGCUCUUCAGAAUGCCACAGGAGAUGGGAAGUUUAUUGAUCAGUUUGUUUAUUCCACGAAGGGAAUUGGUAACAAAACAGAAAUAAGUGUCAGGGGGCAAGACAGGCUUAUAAUCUCUUCACCAAGUCAGAGAAACGAGAAGCCAGCUCAGAACUCGUCAUCCCCUGAGGCGACAUCUGGUUCUGCAGGCCCAGUAGAAAAGAAGCAGCAAAGAAGAUCAGUCAGGACUCGAUCUGAGUCAGAGAAAUCCACUGAGGUUGCGCCAAAGAAGAAGAUCAAAAAGGAGCAGGUUGAAACAGCUCCUCAGGCCGCCAUGAAGACUGGAUUACAGAAAGGUGCCAGCGAGAUUUCAGAUUCCUGUAAGCCUCUAAAGAAAAGGAGUCGAGCGUCAACUGAUGUAGACACGACUAAUUCUGCCUACAGAGACACAUCCGACUCCGACUCUCGAGGACUGAGUGAUCUACAGGUAGGCUUUGGGAAAGAAGUGGAUAGCCCCUCAGCUGCAGCAGAUGCAGAUGCUUCCGACUCACAGUCAGUGGACUCAAGUUUGUCUCGGAGAGGCGUUGGCAUGAGUAAAAAGGACACUGUGUGCCAGAUCUGUGAAACUGCUGGUGAUUCUCUGGUUUCUUGUGAAGGGGAGUGCUGCAGAUACUUCCACUGGGAGUGCCUGGGCCUGACCGAAGCCCCUGAGGGAAGGUUCAUCUGCCAGGAGUGUCAAACUGGGCAGCACACGUGUUUUUCAUGUAAAGUGUCUGGUGAGGAUGUGAAGCGUUGUUCUGUCAGUGUCUGUGGGAAGUUUUACCAUGAUGCCUGUGUUCGAAAGUUCCCCACUGCCAUCUUUGAGUCAAAAGGGUUCCGCUGUCCCCAACACUGCUGCUCUUCCUGCUCCAUUGAGAAAGACAUCUACAAAGCAAGUAAAGGACGGAUGAUGAGGUGCUUGAGGUGUCCAGUCGCCUAUCACUUUGGAGAUGCGUGUGUUGCUGCUGGAAGCGUCUCUGUGUCCUCCCACACUCUCAUCUGUAGCAACCAUUCCAAACGGAGCAGUCAUUCUGCUGCUAUAAACGUAGGCUUUUGUUUCGUGUGUGCCAGAGGGCUGAUAGUUCAGGACCAUUCAGACCCCAUGUUCAGUUCCUAUGCCUAUAAAUCUCACUACCUACUGAACGAAUCAAACCGUGCUGAGUUGAUGAAAUUACCUAUGAUUCCUUCUUCGUCAGCUUCCAAAAAGAAAUGUGAGAAAGGUGGAAAACUGCUCUGCUGUGAAUCGUGUCCUGCGGCCUUCCACCCAGAGUGCCUGAACAUAGACAUGCCUGAAGGCUGCUGGAGCUGUGAUGAUUGUAAUACUGGCAAGAAACUGCAUUACAAACAGAUCGUUUGGGUCAAGCUGGGAAAUUACAGAUGGUGGCCUGCAGAGAUCUGCAGCCCCAGGUCUGUGCCACUGAACAUCCAGGGCCUUAGGCACGACUUGGGGGACUUCCCCGUGUUCUUCUUCGGUUCUCAUGACUACUAUUGGGUACACCAAGGCAGAGUGUUCCCCUAUGUGGAGGGAGACAAAAACUUUGCUGAGGGACAGACUAACAUUAACAAAACCUUCAAAAAAGCACUGGAAGAAGCUGCAAAGCGUUUCCAGGAGUUGAAAGCACAGCGAGAAAGUAAAGAGGCUCUGGAGAUAGAGAAGACCUCAAAAAAACCCCCUCCCUACAAACACAUUAAGGCUAACAAAGUAAUAGGAAAGGUCCCAGUCCAGGUGGCCGACUUGUCAGAGAUUCCCCGCUGUAACUGCAAGCCUGCUGAUGAAAACCCUUGUGGCUUAGAGUCGGAGUGUCUGAACAGAAUGUUGCAGUAUGAGUGUCACCCACAGGUGUGCCCUGCUGGGGACCGAUGUCAGAACCAGUGCUUUACCAAGAGGCUCUAUCCCGAUGCAGAGGUCAUCAAAACUGAGCGGAAAGGCUGGGGCCUCAGAACCAAAAGAAGCAUUAAGAAGGGUGAAUUUGUAAAUGAAUAUGUUGGUGAAUUAAUUGACGAAGAAGAAUGCAGACUUCGAAUCAAGCGAGCGCAUGAGAACAGUGUAACUAAUUUUUAUAUGUUAACUGUUACCAAGGACCGAAUAAUUGAUGCUGGACCAAAAGGAAAUUAUUCUCGUUUCAUGAACCACAGCUGUAAUCCAAACUGUGAGACACAGAAGUGGACAGUGAAUGGAGAUGUUCGAGUUGGACUGUUUGCUAUUUGUGACAUCCCUGCAGGGGUGGAGUUAACAUUUAAUUAUAACUUGGACUGUCUGGGAAAUGGCAGGACAGUGUGCCACUGUGGAUCAGACAACUGUAGUGGCUUUCUAGGAGUGCGACCAAAGUCUGCAUGUGUGGCUGCAGUUGAUGAGAAGACAAAAAAUGCCAAGUUAAAGAAAAGACGGAAACUCAGAACAGAGCCGAAGCAGAUCCAUGAGGAUUACUGUUUCCAGUGUGGAGAUGGGGGAGAGCUGGUCAUGUGUGACAAAAAAGACUGUCCCAAAGCGUACCACCUCCUAUGCCUUAACCUGACUCAGCCACCAUAUGGAAAGUGGGAGUGUCCAUGGCAUCUGUGCGAUGAAUGUAGCCGUGCAGCCGUCUCCUUCUGUGAAUUCUGCCCACACUCAUUUUGUAAAGAGCAUGAAAAGGGGGCUCUGGUGCCAUCUGCACUAGAAGGUCGUCUCUGCUGCUCUGAGCACAACCCUGAAUCUCCUGUGUCACCAGAGUAUUGGAGCAAGAUCAAAUGUAAACGGGAACCACAAGAUCGUGGAGAAGAAGUCAAAGAAUGAAUGGCGGAUGCGUCCUCCCCUGCUGCGCUAAAUGGAAGGCGCAGAAAGAUGACGCAGUUAAAACCAAGUGAUGCUGGUGCAUUUGCCCUCAGACGGCCUUACAAAGGGAAGAUAGGAGCAGUUCACAUAGGCCAAGCAGGUGGUGUCUGCUCUCUCUAAUUCAUUUUGUUGCUUUGGGGAUAAUUUUGUGGACAGUGAAAUUCCCUUGGUUUUGCCUUUUAUUGUGCUUCAGUGUCUUUGCAACUAGCAAAAGAGGUGUCCUCGUUUUUUUAAAGGGGGAGAGAGAUAGAUCUGUUAAUAAGAUCAAUAUGUAAAGCCUAAGAUGCAAUCCUUGGUUGUAUAAAGCAAAAUCAGCCAUUCCUUUAUUUAUUUUCAUUUUUAGGAGUUGUAAGAAGUUUAGUUCAAACAAUCUAACCUCUGUGUGUGUGUGUGUGUGUGUGUGUGUGUGUGUGUGUGUGUGUGUGUGUGUGUACCUUUAUAUACCUCUUUACUGAGCCGUAGCUAGGUUAACUUCCUUUUCCUUCUCCCCAUGCCUUCUCUAGUCUCAGACAAGGCUCUCAGCAAAUAUUCAGUCUGACCUCUUGGAAACAAACGCCUUGAGAGCUUUUACCUCUGAGAUCUUAAACUAAGUGAGCUACAUGGUGCGGUUACUACCUGGAAAUGUGUAUGUAGGGAAAUGUCUAGAAGGGAAACUGGAAUGAAAUGCACUCACUGAUUCUGAAUGUCAUCCGUUUGCGGAUUUUCUGAUAGUGUGCAUUUGUGGGGUUGUGGAUGCAGAGGCGGGUGCUCACUCCUUUCACCCUGGCACAUUGCCGGGGAGCACAGACCAAAAGCUGGAUCAUGUAUGCACGUACGCACCAUUUUCUGACCACCUAAUGUAGCCUCUAGCCUUACUUGGAAUUUAAGGGCAUUUGAUUUUCUGUCUUUCCUGUGCCACUCAUGUUCCCUCUGCCAGCGGAUCCUGUUUCCUGGUAGAGCUGUGUAAUUGAAUCUGACUUCUAUUUUAAGAUUUUUUUUUUUUCAGUUGAUUUCCUAACUUGGGGGCGGUGAAAGUAGACAGAGACAUCCCCAAGUUAUAUGUGAACAAUUUCUUAUUAGUAUUAUACAGUGCUUAAAAUUGUCCCCAUUGAGUAAGGGAAGGGCUGUCACAGGGUAUGUAGGAGCUUCGGAGACACACUUCAUCUUAGAAAGCGCUUGAGGACGCGUGCUCCCAAGAAAGUCAGUGUUCCAAAACAUGGCUGAGAUGUUUGAGUAGAACAGACCUGAGCAUCCCACGGUGUCUGCCCACAGAGUUUACCUGCAUCUAGCACUUAGGGAUGAAUCUAUCCAGUAUUACUUGUGUGAAAUCAUGUGAGACACUGUAACAUCGGACUAAGUAGAAGCCUAGUGUUACUGUAAAACAUGAACAUUCUUAGUGAGUUUUACUGCUUGCCGGCAGGCAGUACACCGUAGGGUUUAUUUAAGAACCUAGUACUUCUUUAACAUAGGUGGGAGGACUCUCUGCGGCACCCUGGAGUUGUUCAAGUGUGUUUGUUCCUUCUUAAAUUUUUUUUUUAAAAAAAUCAUUUUAGACUUCUUUCUCUGAGUGAAAGAACAAUUUUGUGCCUCUUUUUUUUAAGUAUAUAUAUAUGUAUAUGUGUGUAUAUACAUAAAUGUGCAAUUUAUAGAUGACAGACACUACCGUUUCCUUCUCUGAGCUCCUAAACUGCCACCCCCUGGAUGUAGCACUUGUAGUAAUUCUGUAGUUACACGAGCUCCCACGAGGAGCGGGAGGGCGGCAGGGUGGUGCAGGGCGCCAUUGCAGCCACCAUGACUGACUGGUGUGAAGUGUAGCCCUGCAAACACCGUACUUGCUCUUUAGCAGUUGUCAAGUUUGAUGUCCUUUAAAAAAUAAUGUAAGAAUAUCUGGGUUCUAUCAUACUAAAAUAUUAUUUUAUACAGAUAUGAUAAACAUUUUUUAAAACUCACUGAUAAAGGGUUUCCUUUGAUAUUCCAAAUGUAACUCUUAUGAGAAUGGUGUCCAAUAUGAAAUUGUAUCUUGUUUCCUUUUUGACUUUAUGCUUU